CUCAUGCUGGGAGAACGUCACCUCCAGCAAACCGGGAAUCGCCGCGAACUUAUCUCGCGUCUACAACACAACGAGCAACAAAGACCGCCCGCAUCACAAUCAGCAGGCGCCCAGCCUAACUCCAGUAUCGCCACCGGCGUUCCACACGCGGAAUUGGCUGCCUUAAUCGCCUCCAUAGUGGACGAGCGGAUGAACCGCCAACUAAUCCAAGAUGGCGGUGCCAGCAGUGCUCAACUCACUCGGCCCAGUCCUCCGAGCAACCUUCAGGACAGCCUCAGGUCCAGUCCUCCUCCACCGCCACAAGAUGGCGGCCAAAACACGACACAACAACAACCUUCCUUUCAAAAUCCUCCGACAGGUAAUCUCCUCCCAAGCACCGCCGUUUCUUCUGGUCUCGCCGCUUCUUCUGGUCUUGGUUCCCUCUUCUCCAGUCGACUUUUCCGAUCCAGCCCAAGUAGCGUCGCUUCACCCGAACUUCCGACAGCCUUCCCUCGCCAGCCAUCUCACUAAAGCCACCUCGACGGCCAUCACCAACGGUGAGUACGUGGACUUUGCUACCCUUUUACCAAUGACCUCCCUUCUCACUGACUCCAUCCAUUCCCAUCUUAACCUUAAGGUAGGCGAUCAGGGUCUAACUAUUCCCCUUCCCUCCUCCUCUAAACGCCCCAAAAUCACCUCCAUCGAUCGAUGGCUCGAUGCCUUUGCCAUCUAUUUCGCCGUUAUAGUGUCGGUAUAUCCCUCUCGUGCCGCGGAUUUAAUAGCCUAUCAACAGUUGAUUCGUGAUGCGGCACGAAAGUUCCCUGGGAUGGCUUGGUAUGUCUAUGAUGUGGAAUUUCGAAGGCGUGCCUCCCAUAACCUUUCUGCCAAGUGGGGGGAACGGGACGUCCAGCUGUACCUCGAUACCUUCACAGGCCUCCCCAAAUCGGGAUGCCGAUCUUGCGGCAGCACUGAUCAUCUUUCUGAUACCUGCCCUUUAUCUCCCCGUAGGUCCCGGGAUGCCCUUACCCAAUCCGACCUGUGCUACAACUUUAACAAAGGCCGACCCUGUGCUCGCACCCCAUGCCCUUACCAACACAGGUGUAACCAGCCGGGAUGCUCAGCAGCUCACUCUGGGGAAGAUCACACUAAACUCACCCGCCACAGAGAGGACAGACCUAAAUCGUCUUCAAGCUCUGGCAAUUCCUCCCGAGGACACUCCUAAUUACCUCUCCCAACUGACCCCUCCCACCCCCAUUGACAUCAACAAAUUUGCAUCCUACCUUCAGGGCCAUCCAGAUCACACAACAGUUAAUCAUCUUCUCACAGGGUUUUCUCAGGGCUUUAAGAUCGGCUAUUCAGGUCCAAGGGCCCCCAAGGAAUAUUCUAACCUUCCCUGUGCAAAUAUCAACCCAUCUAUUAUUGACAAAAACAUGCUAAAAGAGGUUACCGUGGGCCACACAGCAGGGCCUUUUCACAUCCCUCCCUUCUCCAACCUGCAGGUAUACCCCAUUGGGGUCAUUCCCAAGAAACACUCUUCGAAUGGCGUACCAUUUUCCAUCUCUCCUACCCCAAACACCGCCCCACCAGUGUCAAUGCCCACAUUCCUCCCGAAUCCUAUUCUUUGCAAUACAUAAAGGUGGACCACGCAAUUGCCAUUCUUCAGGAUCUCGGUCCAGGCUGCUUCAUGUCCAAACUAGACAUAAAAUCAGCAUUUCGCAAUGUUCCCGUCCACCCCUCUGAUUGGGAACUUCUGGGUAUGAAAUGGGAAGGGCUCUAUUUCUUCGAUAUGGUCCUCCCCUUCGGUCUCAGGUCGGCCCCCUUCCUUUUUGAUGAAUUCUCUUCUGCAGUGGAAUGGAUCAUUCAAACUAAACUUAAUAUCCCAAAGGUUAUCCAUAUACUAGAUGAUUUCUUUUUUGCUACCUCCCCUCCCAGAUCAAAAUGCAUGACUGCUCUAUGCCAAAUUUUGCACCUUUUUACAGAUCUAAAUAUCCCCAUAGCUCCUGGGAAAACCUUCCCUGCAUGCACAUGCCUUGAAUUUAUGGGUAUCCAACUAGAUUCCAAGAAAAUGGAAGCCCGUCUCCCGGUGGAUAAACUCACCCGCAUUCAGGAAGCCCUUGGUCAGUGGACUACUAGGAAAUCUGCUACCCUACAGGAGCUACAGUCUCUGAUUGGCACCCUUCAAUUUGCUUGUAAGGUUAUUGCCCCUGGCCGCCCCUUCUUGCAACGCAUUAUCCACCUUACAAAGGGUAUCAAGUUCCCCCAUUGGCAUAUUCGCCUUAAUUCCGGUUUCCGUAAGGACAUUUCUAUGUGGCAGCAUUUUCUCCAAAAUUGGAAUGGGGUGUCUCUCUUUUUAGAUACCCAGGCCACCUCUCCGCCGGAGCUUCAGCUAUACACUGAUGCUUCUGGUUCCCUUGGGUAUGGGGGUUUCUUAGCAGGGGAAUGGUUCCAGGGCCACUGGCUGCCCCACCACACCCUCAGCCAAAAAAGGGGUAUUAGUAUUGAAUGGCAGGAGCUAUUUCCCAUAUACUUGGCCUGUAUUUUUAUGGGGCCCCGCUGGUCCGGCAAAAGAAUCCGCAUGUGGUGUGACAACAAGUCAGUGGUGGCUAGCAUAAACUCUAAACACUCCAAGUCCCCCGGUAAUGGACCUUAUUCGAGCAAUCACACUUCAAACGCUCCAAUAUAACUUUGCGCGUUCACAGCUACUCACAUCCCGGCUUAGCCAAUUCUAUCGCUGAUUCCCUUUCCUUUUUCAGAUGGACCGCCUCCAUUCCCUGGCUCCCUCAGCCUCUCCCACAGCCUCCACCAUCCCUCCAUCAGCAAUGAACAUCUGAGAGGUUCCAUUAACGAUACCUUCAUGCUUCCCUUGCCCCUUCCACUCGACGCACCUAUCAAGUUGGCGUUAAGCACUUCCUCACCUUUACACUCAUGCAUGGUUUAGUAGGCCCCUCAAACCCCCCUACCAGCCUCAGAGAUAACCCUGAUGUAUUUUGCAUCUCAUUUAGCCAACACAGUCUCCUAUGAAACAGUCAAGCUGUACUUGGUGGCAGUGCAGGACCUUCAUCGGGAGCUUAACUUUCCUCUUAAGCUCAAUGACAUGCAUAGGUUACAAAAGGUCCUUACAGGCAUUAAGCGCCUCACUCCUACCAAGCGGCUUGACCGUUUUCCCAUUACCCUCACAGUUCUCCAUUCCAUUCACUCCUACCUUAAGCCCGAACUUUCCUAUAACCUGGACCAUGUUAUGCUUUGGGCGGCCUUCACCCUUGCCUUUUUUGGGUUUUUACGAUCCAGUGAAUUCACUUGCAAUGGCCCCUUCGACCCCUCUGUCCACCUCACCUCCAAGGACAUCACACUGGUACCCAACUCCCACUCACCCAGCCACAUGCUAGUCCACAUCAAACAAUCUAAAACUGACCCCUUCAGACAGGGCCACACAAUCACCAUUGCAAAGUCCUCGUCACCUAUCUGUUCGGUGAUGGCCAUGAAAGACUAUCUCCUUCAAGUCCAGCCACCAUCAAGCCACCCUCUGUUUGCUUUCGUCCAACCCAGACAAUGGCUUACACGGAACAAUCUCACAACAGAGCUUAGGUUAAUUCUUCACCAAUGUGGCCUCCCUGCCAACAAUUUCUACUCCCACAGUUUCUGUAUUGGAGCCGCCACCACAGCAGCCAAAGCUGGCCUUCCACCCUGGCUUAUUAAAGUUCUAGGCCGCUGGAGCUCAGACUGUUAUGAACGCUAUAUAAGGACCCCUAAAUGUACCAUUUUAGAAGUACCUAGACUCUUAGCUAAUAGUAGUCCAUAACUAACGUCAGGACAGCCAGUGUUGUCUUUAACUUUCGUCAGAUCACUUGCCAAGUCUCAUAGGAGCGGAAGGUACAGCUCCCUCUUCUUGCAGGAGCUCGACUUUAUUCGCCUUCUACUGUGGGGGGAUUGUGUCCCCUGUCUCCCCAUGCUCCACAAUCCGUGGCAGGGAAGUGCAACCCCUGGCUGCACUUUACCCCACAGUAAGGCUUAGCCCUUGGAGACAGGUCCGGAAAAAAUAUCCACUCCAGGGUGUGGACCCCCGGUCCCACCUGAUCUGUACUCCACCCAGGAGGGCCACCCCUCCUGGUUCCCCUCAGUUCCUGUACUGGGGGAUAUGGGCCUCACCCCCGGAGACUGAUCAGGACUCCUGUCCAGGGUGGCUACCCCCGGUACCACUCGAUCUUGUCUCCCCCCAGGAGGGCUUCUCUCCUGGUCCCCUUAUCCCUAGAUUUAAGCGCUUCCCUGCCACCAGAAUUUUGCCCAUUACCCUCUGUGUGUUUUCUAUGUGGUACUGACAUAAGCAGUUAUGCGGGAAAAACACUGCCAAUUGGAAGAGUUUAUUAAGUUCAAGUUUAUGGUAGCAUAAACUGUUGUUAAUAAACCUGAGAAUGAUGCCCUAUGAAAGCACACUUAGGGCAUACUAGCAACAAUCAUAUCUUGGUUCUUAUGUCACACAACGUGAACAUUUGUAUAAGCUUUUGUACUCAGUAAUGGUAGAUACUAGUUCAAAGUACAAGAAAGAACAAUGAACACUAAGUAGUUGUUUGAUUACAAUGUAUCCUUCUUCUUUGGCAAAGUCCACUGUAAUGUAGCAUGAUAUAUUCCUAGACUCCACAAAGGUUCCAUUCAUAUUAUCACAUGCUUAUCAUGCACGUGUGCUCCUCUUUUUGCCGCACACUGUCCUUUCCCAGUCAGUUCGUUUAGAGCUUCGGUUCAUUCACAACAGCGUGUUUUCCCUCCCACCCACCCCUUUUUUCUGACUGGAACCUUUGUUCAGUUCUUCGAUUACUUCUUAUGUGCCCUAUAUAUUUCAAAUCAAAUCAAAAUCUUUACCUCACUUCGCAUUCCAAAAGAUAGCAUCAACUAAUGCUCAGAUCUCCGAAGGUAUAGCAAAAACAAAUAGAAUAUAAAUGACACUGGUAAUUAGAAUAAAGUAAUACUAUAUAUUAGGUACAAGUUUACGAUAAUGCAGAAACAAGACAAUUAUUUUAUACAGUGUGUCUACAGUACCUAGCGAUAAUUAAAACUAAUUACAAAGUAGCAGCAUUCAUUAUGACUUAUUAAUGCUCUUAAUUUUUUGGAUUUGAAAACGUGUAAUGAUGCAGCAGUCCUAAUUACCUCUAGGAGCAUAUUCCAAUAUGGGCUGGCAGAGUAGCAGAGUAGCAGUAUUUAGCACGACCAGAACAUAUUUUAAGCAGAUCAUUACCUUAUUCCCUCUAUAUAUAUAUGUAUCCGUAAGAUUAAUCAUUUAUAUUAUGGUGUUAUACUCGACUAGGUCUGAUUCCUUCAUUAGGUUCCUGGGAUAUGAAACUGCUGUCUGGCUUCCAAAUAAAAGGAGUGGCAGGGAAGUGCAACCCCUGGCUGCACUUUACCCCACAGUAAGGCUUAGCCCUUGGAGACAGGUCCGGAAAAAAUAUCCACUCCAGGGUGUGGACCCCCGGUCCCACCUGAUCUGUACUCCACCCAGGAGGGCCACCCCUCCUGGUUCCCCUCAGUUCCUGUACUGGGGGAUAUGGGCCUCACCCCCGGAGACUGAUCAGGACUCCUGUCCAGGGUGGCUACCCCCGGUACCACUCGAUCUUGUCUCCCCCCAGGAGGGCUUCUCUCCUGGUCCCCUUAUCCCUAGAUUUAAGCGCUUCCCUGCCACCAGAAUUUUGCCCAUUACCCUUUGUGUGUUUUCUAUGUGGUACUGUCAUAAGCAUUUAUGCGGGAAAAACACUGCCAAUUGGAAGAGUUUAUUAAUAUACAGUAUAUUAGCAGGAAAGGCUUUCGGGUUUGUGUCAAAGAACUGUAUGAGGCAAAAUACGACCCACUCUUCAUAUCCUACAUAGUUUUGUCAGGUAAGAACUUUACUGCUUAAAAGGGAAGAUUUUUUACGGUAUAUCGUUCAAUAUUGUCUCUUAUUUGUGACUCAAUGCCGUGAUUUAUACGCACAGAUAUCUGUCCAGAUGGAUGGGAUUACUUCAAUGGAUACUGCUAUUUAACGAGCUCUGUAUGCGCACCUUGGGUAACUGCAGUGUCCAACUGUUCAAUGAUGAACUCACAUCUGGUAACAGUGCACAACCAAGAGGAAAAUGUCUACAUACAGCACCGUCACAAUGGCGAGCGAUCAUGGAUUGGCCUUAAUGACCGAAGCGUUGAGGGAUCGUUUUUGUGGACAAACAAGGAAAUAAUCCGUUUUCAGUACUGGGCUCCGCAACAACCAAACAACUUGAAAAACGAAGACUGUGUCCACGCCCUUGGUGCAGAGCAUGGCUACACUUGGAACGACGUGUCAUGUGAUAAAUGCUAUAACUAUACUUGUGUUAAAGGCAAGUUUUUAGUUACCAUAGAAAUACUACAAAUCCAAACCUUUGUCACCAAUAACGAGGUUUGAAGAUCACUUGUGCAGUAGUGAGUUUGUAUGAUUUUAUCGCCGUGUUGUUGAUCAGAAUUAUAUAAAGUCUGCAUUUUUAUGUAGCAGUCUUCCAGGCAGUAGUCUUAAUAUUUAGGUAAAGGUAACCCCUGUACUUAUCACUCUCAGUUGUUCCAAAAAAUCUUCAUGUGAAUGAUAAUACUGCUACCAAGUAAGUUUUCACGGUGAUAAAUUGGUCUUCAUUGACUUUUGUUGUCUACUGCAGACAUUGACGAAUGCGUCAGCAGUUAUCACAGGUGUGAUCCAAACGCUGUUUGUCAGAAUACCGUGGGCUCAUACAUUUGCACUUGCACAGCUGGAUUCUAUGGAAAUGGAAAAAAGUGCUUUGGUAACUAUCACAAUCCCUUUUUUAUGUUUUCCCGACCUUUGCAUUCUGGUUGGCUGUUGAGUUAACAUAUUUGCCUUUUAAGGUUACUAAGGUACUUUAUUCUUAUCCAAUAUGUAUAGAUCAGAACUUACCAAUAAACUAGAAACUAACUAAGAAUUACAAUGGGCAUUCUCGGUCUUCGUUUUGACAAUUAAUUAGGCACAUAGAAUAUCUGCUAAUAUAACGUUUAGUGUCCUAUCGACUCCUUCUGGGCUCAGGUUUGACAUUUAAUGUGAUAUACCAUCAAAUUGACUGGGACUCUGCGACAUGUAUAAGGUAUUCUACAGACUACUAUCAACGUCGUACUUUAGAAAGCUGGUUUACUAACUUAGAACAAACGCCACUGAAUCGUUGCCAACAGUUACCAGCGCCGUACAAACGACUUAUUGACGAGAUCAAGCAAAACUAAUUACGAGAGAACGACUGGAGAACUGACAAUUUAACUAACAAUAGACGGCUGUUUAACUGUGACAAUAGACGGAUCGAAACGCACCAAUUACUUAUUACGAGACUUCAUAGCCAAUAACAUCACGGCUUAACUGACAGACGACCAAUAACAUCGCGCCGUAAUUGACCAAUCAGUUCAAUAACCAGAGUAUAAUACCAUCAACUGACGUCAUACAACUCACUUUGACUCUGAAGAUGACUACCGCACAGGUUGUCGAAAGGUCAGUCACUGUCAACAACAACGGUUCACCCGGACGAUCAAACUCAACCUACUUUUGAUGUAUUUUUUUGUUCAACUUGUCUAUCAGUUGGUUUAAACUUAUCAUAAAUUGCCAUAAGUCAAAACAAAGUAAUAAAAAAUUACCAGCGCUAGCACAUAAUUUACUUAGUCAGGAUUCACUGACUACUCAGAUUAUCAUUUGUUUUCUCCGUCAUUAGACAUUGAUGAAUGCAGCAACAAAACCCAUACCUGUGAUGUGAAUGCAGUCUGUAGCAACACUCAAGGGUCUCACAACUGCACCUGCAAACUUGGAUACUCUGGAGAUGGAAAGAAAUGCAUUGCAGUUGGUAUGCAGCAUCCCCACAGAAUUCCUGUC